UCAUGGCAGCACAUGCCUUGGAAGGAGGAGGAAGAAAGCUCCGUUCAAAGUAGUGUCCUGAUCCCAGUGCUGCUUUCCCUCGACUCCGGUCCACUGUGUCACGGACACGCACAAACGGAACCAUCUAUCUCCCUUGGCUUACUCACUCGCAGUCGGCUGCAAUGGCGAAAAGCCUCUCGCAUUCAAUUCACGACUCUCUCUCCUAUAUAUCCAUCUGGGUAAUAGCCCUCCUCUCCUCUCCUCCCCUUGCGUUGCAUUUACUCCCAUCUAUGCCAGGUUUUUCUUCCCAUUUCUUUUCCUGUGUGUCUUUAUGCUUGUGGAUCUCAUUAAAUGCUGUGUGAUGGAGAGAGAUGAUUUGAGGUUCUGGGGCUGCCUUGUUGCAGGUCAGAUCCCGUCGCAUUUAUUGCUUCAAGAUUCGCCCUCUCGGGUUAUUAAAGAACCCUGAGAUCGAGCGCUCUUGAUCCUUCCUUCUUCCUGCUUCUUCUUCUUUGCUUCCUUGCUUGUUCGCUCCUUGCAUUGUACUGAGCUGUCGUCAUUUAAGAAGGGGUUUGGGAGCGAUAACAGUGGGAAUGGGACGAUCUCCAUGCUGUGACAAGCAAGGGUUGAAGAAAGGGCCGUGGACGCCGGAGGAGGACAAGAUCCUUGUCGACUUCAUCCAGUCCCAUGGCCAUGGCAGCUGGCGCUCUCUUCCAAAGCUCGCAGGUCUGCUUCGGUGCGGCAAGAGCUGCCGGCUACGGUGGACGAACUAUCUCCGGCCCGACAUAAAGCGCGGCCCCUUCACUCCGGAGGAAGACAAGUCCAUCAUCCAACUCCACGCCAUCCUCGGCAACAAGUGGUCGGCGAUAGCAGCGCAGCUGCCGGGGCGGACGGACAACGAAGUCAAGAACUACUGGAACACCCACCUCAAGAAGCGUCUCCUCGUCCACCAACACCACCACCACAACCACCACCAACGCCUGCACAUGUCCUCAUCCACCGCGACCGGUAGCCACAUGGCGCAGUGGGAGAGCGCCCGACUGGAGGCUGAGGCGCGCCUCUCACGUGAGUCCUUCCUCUUCUCCAGCUCUACCACCGCGGCCGCCUCAUCCGCCGCUCCCUUCGCCGGCGCCGUCUCAGAGCCCGACUCCGACCUCCCGCCUCGCGCGGCCGAGCCCGACUUCUUCCUCCGCAUCUGGAACUCCGAGGUCGGUGCCGCCUUCCGACGCCGCUCUCCGGACUGCGCGUCGACGCGCAGCUCGGCACCGGCCCGGGAGGAGGCGGAGAGCAAGAGUUGCGUGACGGUGGGACACCCGGCGGCUGCGGGGAUGGACGUGGACUCGAUCGGGUCGAACGAGGUCGCGGAAGAGACGGAGGAGGAGGAGGCGUACCAACUGUAUCUUGACUUCGCGGGCGACGACCUGGGCUUGUUCACCGUGCAACUCUCCUCCCUCUUCUCCGCCGACCUCAACGAGGCUUACUUCGACACUGCCUUCAAAUGACAAGCACCACAAGCCUCGUCCUCCUCAUGUGUUCGUGUUGGCGUUGGAUUCCGUCGUAAGAUUCUGUGGUGCGUAGCCCACAAUUUAGGUGAUAUUUUUGGUAUCCAGGAUGGAGCUUCCAUUUAUAACGAGCUUGUGGUUGAUGGAUGAUGUAACCAUGGAGAUGUCCAUACUUGCAGUGAUCUCAUACGUUUUUGUUUGAUGUGCAUCUUUUGGAAGUGGCACUAAGAACAUUUUGGUUUAUGUGUAUAUUAUAUUCGAUCA